AUGGACUGGUCCAUCAGACUCCUGGCCUGCUUGGUGGGCAUCCUCCCGAUGGGAUCGUUUGUGAGAACCAAAAGAGAUACUGCAGGGAACUUGCUCAACACAGAGGCUCAUAGUGCGCCGGCGCAGCGCUGGUCCAUGCAGGUGCCGGCCGAGGUGAGCGCGGCGGCGGGUGAGGCGGCCGUGCUGCCCUGCACCUUCACGCACCCGCACCGCCACUACGACGGGCCGCUCACGGCCAUCUGGCGCGCGGGCGAGGCCUACGCGGGCCCGCAGGUGUUCCGGUGCGCGGCGGCGCGGGGCAGCGAGCUCUGCCAGACGGCGCUGAGCCUGCACGGCCGCUUCCGGCUGCUGGGCAACCCGCGCCGCAACGACCUGUCGCUGCGUGUCGAGCGCCUCGCCCUGGCCGACGAUGGCCGCUACUUCUGCCGCGUGGAGUUCGCCGGCGACGUCCACGACCGCUACGAGAGCCGCCACGGCAUCCGGCUCCACGUGUCCGCCGCCCCACGGAUCGUCAACCUGUCGGUGCUGCCCGGCCCCGCGCACGCCUUCCGCGCGCUCUGCACCGCCGAAGGGGAGCCGCCGCCCGCCCUGGACUGGUCCGGCCCGGCCCUGGGCAAUGGCUCGGCCGCUGUGCCGAGCCCGGGCCAGGGUCACGGCCACCAGGUGACCGCCGAGCUAUCCGCGCUGGCCCACGACGGCCGCUACACGUGCACGGCCUCCAACAGCCUGGGCCGCGCGGAGGCCAGCGUCUACCUGUUCCGAUUCCACGGCGCCUCCGCGGCCCCGGCCCUUGCCCUUCCGCUCUGCGCGCUCGGCCUCAAGGCGCUGCUGCUGCUCGGCGUUCUGGCCGCCCGCGCUGCAGCCCGCCGCCGCCUAGAGCACCUAGUCGCCCCGGACACCCCACCACGGCCCCAGGCUCAGGAGUCCAACUAUGAGAAUCUGAGCCAGAUGAGACCUCGGGACCUGCCAGCAGCCACGUGUGUACCAUGA